CGAGAUACACAUACAUAGGGCGAGAAUAAGAACAGUGUCUUAUCGUGGAGAAGGUCAAUCCAUUUAUAACGAGACAAAGGUAGAACGAAUUCUCUAUACACAGGGAAAGUGAAAUGUGGGUGCUAUUCACGAUAAUAGCUGUUCUCUUGAUCAGUUGUAUACAAGCACAAAAUGAGUUACUACAUAAUGCACUAUUUGAAAGUUCUUCUUUCACCGGAAAUUGGAUUUGUAGCGGAUGUACCAUGAUAAGAUACACUAGCGACACCUAUCAAGGGAAGCAAUCAGUGAAGGUUACAAAUAGGGCCCAUACCUACUCAGGACCACAUCAGACAGUUUCCAUCUCGCCAGGACAGAAUUAUGUUCUCAAGACGUAUUUCAAACUUCUUAAUCUUCCGUCAGGAAGGAUGUACACUAGUGCGUUUCUGCGAGUCAACCUACAAGUAAAUGGCAAAACAGUAUAUCUGAAGGUGGCUCAGCAGCCCAUGCAACAACUUAAAUACAGUUGGACAGAAAUCAGUGGCGACUUUUUUGCACCAAAUGGAACCACUUCCGGUACAAUUUUCCUGGAGAUCAUGGCGACUGGCGUUAAUUAUCUAAUGGAUGCAGCGAGUCUCCAAUUGCUACAGCGCGACCCGCAAUGGCUCUCCAAAGCUCAAAAUCGAAUCAACACACUACGCAAAGCACCCGUCAGUGUCAGAUUGGCGACUGGGCAACACGUCCACAAUGUAUAUAUCGAGCUUAUUCAGCAGAAAAGUGCAUUUCCCUUCGGAACAGCCGUACAUGCGGAUCACCUCGGCAAUUCCGCUUACCAACCAUACACCGACUUUGUUCUCCAGAAUUUUGAAUGGGCCGUUAUUGCAAAUAAACUAAAAUGGACUGGGAUAGAACAUCGGAAGGGUCAUACAAAUUACACCCUUGCUCUGAAUGCUGUACAACUUCUUCGAUCCCAUGGAAUUCAGAUUCGAGGUCACAACAUGUUUUGGGGUGUGGACAAACACGUACCGUCUUGGGUAAAGGGAUUGUCUACAUCAGAUUUGUACGCUGAAAUGCAGGCCCACAUACAGGAUGUCAUGUCCCACACCCAAGGAAAACUUGUUCAUUGGGAUGUUAACAAUGAGAAUCUUCACGGUGAUUACUAUGAGCGUCAUACGGGGGACCCCGACAUCACCCACAAGAUGUUUCAAUGGAUCCACUCCAAAGAUCCCAGCAUCAAACUAUUCCUCAACGACUUUUCCAUUCUCCCGAAGUCUGAUAUGACCACGGCUAUUAAAAAUCAGGCGGUUAACUUCAUUAAAAGUCACGUUCCUAUAGGCGCCAUUGGCAUACAGAGUCACUUCUACACGACAGAUAUUGACAUGGACGUUAUAAAGUACAGGCUUGAUAAGGUGGCGGAAGCUGGACUGAAAAUUUGGAUCACAGAACUGACGAUAGAUGCUACGGACGAAAACAAAAAGGCGGCGGCCCUGGAAAACCUUAUGAAAAUGUUCUUCAGUCAUCCUGCAGUUGAAGGUGUCAUUAUCUGGCAUUUCUGGAACGGUUCCAACUGGCAUGACAACGAGGCCCUUUUUCGCGGUCCAGGAAUCACACCAAAUGCCGCAGGUCAGAAAUAUUUAGAUCUGGUUCGUGGAAGAUGGCGGUCUCACAUCAAGCGGAGAAUUGAUCCAGAUCACGCGGUGAACGCCACGGUGUUUAUGGGAGAUUACGUCAUGAAUAUACGGCGGAACGGCCAUAUAAUUCACCAUGAGAAUUUCAGUUUGGAUUCUUCUGGAAAAGAUCUCACAGUUCAUCUGACAGGUGAUCACCAACAUGUUUCACAAAUCGUGUUUGGUUAGGAACCCGAUGCCUUAUUGUCAACCGUAAUGAUGAUAACUGAAAAAGAAUUGCAUAGUACCAUCAAUAUACCGCAAAACAAUCUGGAUGGUAUAAUUGUGUCCAUCUCAAUAUUUAAACAACAAAUUUUCAAUAAGAAGGAUAUAUUUU